UCAAAAAUGGUGCCUGCUAUUCUCUUAGAUUAUAUUCUAUUACCAAAUUUUAAAUUGAAUGAGAGAGCGGAAAAAGUUGAAAAUACCCAAGAAGAUGGUUUAAAAUUUACAAAAUACCAAAUUUCCAAUAUUUAUAAUCCAAAAGCGAGAUUCUCAUUUUGUCAUGAGGAACAUGGAUUGAAAAUGGGAGAUGAAUCGAUUUUUUUAGUUAAAAUCAAGAAAAUGAAAGAGGAGAAUUAA